UCGACCGAAAUCUCUUGCCGGAGACGAAACUAUGCAGUGUUUGGCGAUGGCCACGGACCGUGUCUCUUUUACGUCCUUCCUUCCAAGGGAUCAGAGUCCAUAUCUAAAGAAACAAUUGAAGCCAACAAGAGUGUCUUUCUCCAACUUUGACUCAUUCCCAAAAUCAACUGUUCCUCGUCCAGCAAAUGCACAUGUGGACUUUGCAUCAUCAUCAUCAUCAUCAUUCAACCAUAUAUUUUCUCGUGACCGAAGACUAACAAAGCAUCUGAGUAUUGUCAGAGCAUCUACAAGCGAAAACUCGACCUCAGGAGCCGCAAAAAGAAUGGAAAACAGAUUAUUCGUCGUGUAUUGCUGCUUAGGGUUCAUAUGGAUACUCGAUGCCUGCCAUUUGCCUCAUUACUUGAGGUUUCACAUGAUUAUGAUAAUGCUUCUGGAUGCAAGCGAAUUUUUCUUCCCAUCUAUUAACUUCAAUGGAUGGGGCUGGAAUCUGUUUUCUGACUCCUAUCGUCAAAGCAUGUUGGCCGUUUUUGAAACGUUUUUCUGUGGGCCUUUACCAGAUAAUUUUGGCUAUCUAUAG